AUGUCGUCCACAGUAUCCUCCCUUGUCCAGAAACACCGCCCCGACCUCUCUCGCUACGAGGAAAUUUACAAACACCUCCAUGCAAACCCCGAACUUUCUAAUCAAGAACAUGCCACCGCCUCCUUCAUCGUCGACCACCUCACCAAAAUCUCAAAGGACUUCUCCAUCACCGAAAAGGUCGGCGGCACCGGCGUCGUCGCCAUCCUCCACAGCUCCCGGAAUGGCGCAUCCUCAGACAAAUACCCAAAGCCCAUCAUCCUCCUUCGCGCAGACAUGGACGCCCUCCCCGUCCUCGAGCGCACCGGCCUACCCUACGCCUCCACCAAACGCAUGACCGACGCCGACGGCGUCGAGAAACCCGUCAUGCACGCCUGCGGUCACGACAUGCACAUCACCGCCCUCCUCGCCGCGGCCGAAACCCUCUGCACCGCUCGCUCAAGCUGGAACGGCACCGUGAUCUUCGCUUUCCAACCGGCCGAAGAACGCGGCACCGGCGCGCAAGCCAUGGUGGACGAUGGAAUGUACUCGCCCGAACGCCACAACAUCCCGAUCCCCGACCUCUGUCUCGGCGGGCACGUGAUGCCGUUCCGCGCCGGCACGAUCGGGACGCGGAGGGGUUUGGUGGCUACGAGUGCAGAUAGCAUGCGCAUCACCUUGCAUGGACGGGGUGGGCACGCGAGCAUGCCUGAUCGGCUCAUCGAUCCGAUCGUCAUGGCCGCUUCGACGGUGAUGAAGCUCCAGACCAUCGUCUCGCGAGAGGUAGAUCCCUGGGACACGGCCGUUGUAACCGUCGCCUCGAUCCAAGCCGGCGAUGCCGAGAACGUAGUAGUCGACGACGGACGUCUAGCCGUAGACGUCCGCACCACCUCCCCCGAAACCAGACGGAAAGUGCAAGCCUCCAUCGAACGCAUCGUCAAAGCCGAGAGCGCCGCCUCCAACGCCGUCGCAGAGCCAACCUUCCAAACCACCCGUUCCUUCCCCCUAACCAUCAACGACGAAACCAUCACCGCUCGCCUCGAAUCAGCAUUCUCCUCGCACUUCCCCUCCGGCGCGCAAGGCUACACCCCGAGCAUCCCGAAACUAGGCGGCAGCGAAGACUUCAGCAUCCUCGGCUCUGCGGUCGGGGCACCGACGAGUUUCUUCAUGUACGGGGGCACGCCAAGGGAGGUGUGGGAUAAGUGUGAGGCAGAGGGGACGCUGAAUGAGGCGGUGCCGAUUAAUCAUUCGGGCUUGUUUUGGCCGGAGGUGCAACCGACGCUGGGGACGGCGUGUGAUGCGUAUGCUGUUGGGGCGCUGGAGUGGUUGGUGGGGGAGUCGUAG